GGAGAGCUGCGGCCCGGCCUUUCCUUGCCUGAGAAGACAAAUCUGUCUGCAGAGUUCGCUUGACAUCAGGAAACCAGUUUUGUUGAGCAGAAAAAGGGCCUUUGGAGCAGAGACUCCUCCCAGACUUGUCUGGAAGAAAAGCUCCAGUGAGCAGCAGGAGUUAGUUGGUCACUGACAGACGCUCCAUCCACACAGCAGCCCUGCAGCCCUGCGGAACGCCUGAACAAUCCUACACCAGAGACACAAAAUGAGAGCCUUUAUUUCAGUUGUGGCCGCUUUGUGGGGGGUGGCAAUAACCUCCACGGGCGCCAUCCACGGACUGUACAACUUCGGCCAGCACGAUUUAUUCCAGAAAAAGAACAGCUGCAGGCAAAUCCCUGAAAACCUCCUGCUUUGCAAUGACAUAGAGUACACGGAGAUGCGCCUCCCGAACCUGCUGGGACACGAAACCAUGAAUGAGGUCCUGCAGCAAGCUUCGUCCUGGACGCCCCUCGUUCAGAAGCAGUGUCACCCCGACACGAGGAAGUUCCUCUGCUCGCUUUUCGCUCCCGUCUGCCUGGACGACCUGGACGAGCCCAUACAGCCCUGCAGGUCGCUGUGCGAGAGCGUCAGGCACGGAUGCGGGCCCGUCAUGCUCGCGUUCGGGUACCCGUGGCCGGAGAUGCUGGACUGCAACCGCUUCCCGCCCGACAACGACUUGUGCAUACCGCCUGCAAGCAUUGAGAACGUCGUGCCUGUCACCAGAGAGGUGCCCAGGGUGUGUGAUGCUUGCAAAGAAACGGAAGAAAAUGGCAACGAAAUCGUUGACAGCCUGUGCAAGAAUGAUUUUGCUAUGAAGAUCAAAGUCAAGGAGAUCUCCUACAUUAAUGGUGAUACCAAAAUAGUGCCGGAAACCAAGAGCAAGACCAUUUACAUGAUGAACGGCGUGACGGAGCGUGACCUGCGGAGGACGGUGCUGUGGCUGAAGGACGGGAUGCGGUGUAUCUGUGAGGAGAUGAAUGACAUCAACGGCCCCUACCUGGUCAUGGGCCAGAAGAUGGACGGCCAUCUGGUCAUCACCUCCCUGAAGCGCUGGCAGAGAGGACAACCCGAGUUUAAGAGGAUUUCACGCAGCCUUCGUAAGAUGCAGUGUUAGGAAAGAAAGGAGGCUCCAUAUCAGAUCUUAGGUCAAGUUUACUUUAGAUUUUUCUGUCAAGCUGAGAUGUUUUUUGGUUUGUUCUAGAGAACAGAUUUCUCCAAGGUCUCAGAAACUACAUAACCCAGAUUCCUCCACUGUUUUGUUUUUUAAUUGAAGAUAAAUCAUAUUUUUAUUGUGCUUUAAUCCAAUUAAAUAUAUAUAGGAUAGAAGAUGUGGGAGGUCCUCACAUUUAUGAAAUCUAUUCCAUCAAUGAACAAUUAUUUUAGUCAUGUUUAGCUCAUUGUAAAUUGAACUUGGUCCCCUGGUGGACAGUUGGGGAAUACCAUGUCUUUUUAUAAAGAUGGAGCUUUUCCUUCACCUCCCAGUCGAUGUAAAUAACACUCAGAUUGUAUUUAAGGCGCAGCAGAACACUAUCACAUGCAAACUCUACGGGCCAUUGGCUCUGACGUUAAAAAUUACCAAAUUAUUAGCAGAUGGCAUCCAGCUACAUUUUUAUUACGGCCCCUCUGUUCUAGAGCUCCACAAGUAUUUUUUAGUGAGUGUGACUUAACAUCAAAACUUUGAGGUGAGAAAUGAAUUAAAAAAAGGAAAAGGAUGAAAAUAUAGUUUCUACAUAUUUGUCCAGCUUUUUCAGAGGUAUUUUUAGUCUUUGUGUCUGAUACAUAAAGACAGAUUAGUUUUGCAUGAUGCACAUUGAAUCAAAGUCUGAUUCAAUGUGGGUGGGUGUGUGUGGGGGUGCGUGUGUGCGGGUGAGUGUGUGUGUGUGUGUUCAUAGUCAGAUGUUUAGACAGAAUUUGUACUUUUAUAUAUUCCUUGUAUUUUCUCAAGUCAAUAUGAGAGAUAGCUGGCUAUAUUCUCUUCCUGUUCAUCCCUAUAAUAUUAUUAGCAGACUGUUUUAUGUGAGCAACUGUUGUAUUAGCCUCGGAUAAAACUAUUUUUUUUUACUCUAGAGCUUAUUUUCAUGUUUCUUUGUUUUGUUGUUGUUUGGUUGCUAAUAUUAGGAUCUGCAUCUUCUUCAAUAAUUUCGUUUGUUCCAAGCGCAAAAUCUGAUUAUAACCGUCAGUGUCUCAAUAUACAGUGAAGUAUGAGUUUAUUGCUUGUUUAGAUUAAGCAAGCAAUGUAAUCAUUUUAAAAGUUUCCCGAUGUAAAUAUAUAAUAUUGCCACGUAUAGUAGUUUCAGGUGUUCCUAGUUACAUGUUUAAAGAGGUAAAUUUGUUGCUUGUGUGGAUGAGUGUUCAGAAUAAAGUUCGAAUCUUUUUCA